UGAAACAUCUAUUCUGUUCCUGGUCUGUGGUUGCUCAUAGUUAAUUAAGUAGGUGUCGCCGAAUGUGAGUUCCACUACUCCUUGCACGGUCGAGAUCAAGGAUCUGUGAAUAUUUUCACAAGGAAAAGCAAUGCUUUCCCUCUCGGACAGAUUUUUUCCGCGUCCACCGCGUAGCUUAAACAAUGGAGUAUACGACGCACUGUCAACGUGCGAAACUUUAUGAUUUAGUUUAGAAUCGUUUCGACAAGCUGUUAAGUCCGAGACACGUGUACUCUUUUAUUUUCUAAAUCGUUGAUUGAGGGAUAGCAGGAUCGUGAAUCGAUUGUCGCUUACGUAUACAAUAAUGUACGUCCUCGUGUAACGACGCUCGAGCGGCGGGUUACGUGGAUCUCAUAAUGAUGAGGUGACACCUGGUUCUGCCAUGCGGAACAGGUCAAUCAGUGUUAUUUUUGGCUCUUUGGUCCUGUGGGGUUUGAUUACAUAUUUUUUGAUUUCUGAUCAGCCGGCAAACAAGGAACAGGACACAGCAAGAGUGUCCAAUCAAAUCAGCAAAUUGGAGAAGAGAGUAAAGCAGGAAAUAGCUUUGAAUCAGGAACUUCUGCAGGAUAUUAAAGAAGACAAGCAACGUAAAAAGAAAUUAGACACUGCAAAUUUGAAUGCAGACGAAAAGCAGAAGAAUGCAAAUCUUGUCGACCAGAAUAAAAUUCUUCCUGAGAAAAAGGAAAAGGAUAUAGAAAAUGACAUAAAAAGUAUACAGCCUUCGCAAGCGGAAUUAACACAUUCUAGCGAAAUCUCUCACGAUAUUCCUAUAAAAGGAAAACUAUCGGACGGAUCUCCCAUAAUACCAGUUUUGGUGUUCUCUUGCAAUCGUGUUACCGUACAAAGAUGCCUCGAUCAAUUAAUAAACUACAGACCUAGCACAGAUCAAUUUCCAAUUAUCGUCUCGGAGGAUUGCCAACAUCGUCAGACUGCUGAUGUUAUUUCCAGAUACGGAAAUCAAAUAAUACACAUACAACAACCGGAUCAAUCGGACGUUGAAGUGCCACCAAAGGAGAAGAAGUUUAAAGGAUAUUUCAAAAUUGCACGCCAUUACGGGUGGGCUCUCAAUCACGUCUUCUUUCAACUUGGAUACGAUACUGUGAUAAUAGUCGAAGAUGAUUUGGAUAUAGCCCCGGAUUUUUUUGAAUACUUUCUGGGCACAUAUCCUUUAUUAGUGUCUGAUAAUUCUCUGUGGUGCGUGUCUGCGUGGAAUGACAACGGGAAAGCUGGUUUGGUUGACCAGAAUGCAGCAGAUGUAUUGUACAGGACAGACUUUUUUCCUGGAUUAGGUUGGAUGUUGACACGUCAGUUGUGGGCGGAACUUUCGCCGAAAUGGCCCAAAUCAUACUGGGAUGAUUGGAUAAGACAACCCGAACAACGUCGAAACAGAGCCUGUAUUCGACCGGAAAUAUCCAGAACACGAACAUUCGGUAAAACUGGCGUAAGCAAUGGAAUGUUCUAUGAAAGGCAUUUAAAAUAUAUUAAGUUGAACACUGAAUAUGUGCAUUUCACUAAGAUGAACUUGACAUACUUGUUAAAAGAUAAUUACGACAUAAAUUUUGUCAAUGACGUGUAUCAAUCAACGGUGGUCAGUUUUUCGGAAUUGAAGAACGAGAAAGUAGUGGCACCAGGCGCAGUGCGAAUACCGUAUUACAAUCGCCAAGCGUAUAAAAACACUGCAAAACAAUUUGGAUUGAUGGAUGACUUUAGGAGUGGCGUACCCAGAACCGGAUACCGUGGUGUAGUUACGUUUUUCUACAAAGGAAGAAGAGUACAUUUAGCACCAAGUGCAAAUUGGAAUGGUUACGAUAUCACUUGGAGCUAACAGAAGAUUUUACCUUAUUAGGAAUUUGUUAGAUCGUACGAGUUAAUUGCUUCCAUGAUGUUCGUCGAAACUGAGUGAAUAUUUUUGACUACACGCGCACGCGUGCCCAAGAACGUUUAUCGAUUACAAGUAUUCCGCGUUUACUUCCUCGGUUGCAAUCCACGAUGAAACGUGAAUUGAUAAAUCAAUCAAAUGCUAACGGCUGCUUGUAAUUUUUCUUGUAGAAAAUUCAUGAGCGAAACUUGGAACGUGAAUUGUUACGUGAUGUGAGAUUUGCAUAGUGCCUCAAAAAUCGUACCCAUUGUUUGUAUACACGGCGUUACGCAGGUGUGACGUUCCUAAAAAUCUGUUCGUCGGAUCAUAGACUAUAUUAAACCACAUCUUUCGUGUUAGGGAAGCCAAGAAACUAGAGACAUCGUACUUGCGUAGCACUGUACAUCGAGAUGCAAAAGGACUGACAAAAGGAAUUUGGAUUACUCGUGCAGUUAGAUUUAAGCGAUCGUUCUUGCCCUUUUCUUCCAUUAUAUUUAGUUUUAAACAGAAUAUUGAUUAUUUUUAAUCGAUGCAAGUUGUCUCUCUUCCAAGGAUAUUUUAAAGACUGUUCGAGACUCGUUUAAUUGUUUCAAAACUACAAUUCUAUUGAAAUAACUGUUUCCAAACAGUGAUAGUACUAACGACUGCACGAACAAUCUAUAUUCUACCACUAUGUACAUAAUGUUUAUAUUGUAUCACACAUGCAUAGUUGGAUAACAGAUAUAAUUUUUGGACUAAUUUUGCUUCCUUGCCGAUUCCAUUCGCGUUAGUUUCUUUUAGUGUAAAAUUUAGAAAUGGAAAACGCGAAGGAAGAUAAAGAUCAGUCCGAGAAUGAUUUAUCUGAUUAACUCUGCAUUUUGUGUGCUUUGCUCACGGCUAAUAACCGAAGAACUGAGGGUCGAAUUCGCUGGAUCACAAAUGGUUUCACGCUGAAUUGUUUCAACUUGAAGCAUAUACGGAGACAAAACAAGUUGCUAAUUGAUGUUGUCUUCUAAUUUCUUUAUCGCGCGACGGUAAAGGAAUAUUCUGUCAAUAAAAAGAAUGCGACAGUGCUGAUAUUUACGAAUAUAGUUCAUUUUCGUCUAGUCUAAAUUAAGAAAUAACAUUCGAAAAUUAUAAUUAAUGAAAAAU